AUGCAAUUUGCGAAUACAACACUCAACCACAGACCAUAUGAAGACGCGACACCAGUGUCAGCCUGUAUAGUACCAGAUCUCAAGUACUUCUACUACACUAUCUUCACCCUGAGCAUUCUGGGUAAUGGCCUGGUGCUAUUCGUGCUCAUUAAGUUUGAGCGUGCCUGCACUGUCAACAACAUCUUAUUGUCUAAUUUGCUGGCCUCCAACCUGGUCUUCACCUGCACCGUCCCCAUCUGGGCUGUCUACCAACGCAGGGAGUUGACCUUCAGCCCUGCCCUGUGCAAGCUGGUUGGUAUGGCAACCUACGUGGGGUUCCACAGCUCCGUUCUCUUCCUGACUCUGGUGACCAUACAUCGUUAUCUGGCUGUGGUCCACGCCGUAGCCAUGUAUAACCAACCCGGCAAGAACCGCUACGCUGUGGUGGCAUCAGGUGUGGUGUGGCUCACCUGUGGGCUGGCAGGUGUGGCUCCACUGAUCCGCUACAAGGUGUACAGACACUGGGAGAGCGGCUGGGUGUGUGUGGAUGAGCAGGAUCCCUCCUGGAUGCUGUUUAACGUAUACCUGCACUUCGUGGCCUUCUUCUUGCUCCCUCUGCUGGUGGUGGUAUACUGCUACGUGCGGAUCAUCAUAACAUUGGUGUCUGAACAGAUCAGUGGCAAAAACCGUAGCCUGCGUGUCGUUUUUGUCAUCCUUCUUCUCUUCUUCUCCUGCUGGACGCCACGUAGCGUCAUGCACUUGGUGACGCUACACACACACUAUGACUGCAACAAUUCCGUGGACUAUGCCAACUACGUCACCAACAACAUCGCCUGGGUCUACUUCAGCAUCAACCCCGUCUUUUACGCUUUUCUUGGACGCAAGUUCAAGAACUACAUGUGUGAGCUCAUUGGCAGUUCUAUUAAGUGCCCACCUGUCUGUCGCGGCCAUGAGUUGGUCACAGUCCCAUCGCAGCCAUCACAGCUCAGGUAA